CCUCCGUCCGACGCUACUUCCGGCGGCGAGCUGGGCUUGCUGGGGCGGCGGUUAGGUUGUGCUAUGAGGCCUGGGACGCGGCCGGUAACCGUGGGCGAGUUCCCUGUUAGUCCCAGGCUUGGCGCGGUGCUCGGACUCUAGCUGUGUCAGCGUGUUAUGAUGCCGUCUCGUACUAAUCUGACUACUGGAAUCCCCAGUAGCAAAGUAAAGUAUUCAAGGCUCUCCAGCACAGAUGAUGGCUACAUUGACCUUCAGUUUAAGAAAAGCCCUCCUAAGAUCCCUUAUAAGGCCAUUGCACUUGCCACUGUGCUGUUUUUGAUUGGCGCCUUUCUCAUUAUCAUAGGCUCCCUCCUGCUAUCAGGCUACAUCAGUAAAGGGGGGGCAGACCGGGCCGUUCCUGUCCUGAUCAUUGGCAUUCUGGUGUUCCUGCCAGGAUUUUACCAUCUACGCAUUGCCUACUAUGCAUCUAAAGGCUACCGGGGUUACUCCUAUGAUGACAUUCCAGACUUUGAUGACUAACACUCACUUCAGCCCUGAGACAAGUUACAGUGGGACUGAACCCACCUUUAAGAUAUUGAACAGAAACUAUGGCGAAGGGCUGAGGAAUUAUGCAGUUUGCAGAUGUUUGACAAAACAAUGGCCAGAUUUUAUGGGUCCAUCCCAGAAAUGUUCACUGAGCUUAAUUAGCUAAUUAGGAAAUGCUCUGUUUUUCAUCUGGCCCUGGCAAAACUCAACAAGUUUUUCCACAUGAAUGUGUACCAUGGAAGAACAGCAUUGCUAAUUGUCUGGGAAAGCAGAAGAUUAUUCUGUAGUGGAAAGUGUUACCAUUCCCUCCCUCCUCAGAGUGAGCAUUUCUUUUAAAUAGUCUUCAUUGUCAAUUUGUUAUUGUAGCAAAUGGAAGAGUGUGGUAGUCUAAUUUCUUAGUAAGUAAUUUAUUUUUAAAAUAUCAAAAUAUCUUAUCCCCUAUCUUCACAUUCUUUUGGAAGACUUAUGUACAAUCACAUAUUAAUGUGGAUUUGUCUAAAAUAUUUUUUUUACUGUUUUGUUAGUGACAGGAACCAGGAAUUUUUUAAGCCACAGAGUAAGUUUUCAAAGUAUAAGCAGAGUCUCUGAUAACCAAUCCAUGGCCACCUCUGAUCUUAUUUCCCAGUAGAUUGACCUGCAUAUAAUUUGGGUCAUUCUAUCCUUUGGAGAUCAAGGUGUUCUAUAUGUCAUGCAUUUGACUGGACUUUUGGCUGUUCCCUGAUGAAAAAUGAAGAUAAGUGGUUGCUGUUUAGAGUGUAUAAUACUAUUGCUAGUGCUUGGUACUAUAGAGUCAUUCUACUGAAGAUCUCAAGACUUGACCUGGAUCUCUGGAGGACCAUAUCCUUAGGUUGAUUUUGUUUCUUUGCUUGAAAAAAAAUGACUUAUAUUCAAAAGAAAUUAAAAUGUCAGAAUCCAAAUCCUGGACUUAACAUGAGUUAACAUUAGACAUACUUUAGAAAACAUUUUAAUGAUUUUAUAAUAUAUAUAAGUACCCAGGAAUAACUUUGUUUUUGGGUAACUGGCAUCUUGAGUCAGCCUCUACUUUUCAGUCAUUCACUUACUCUGAGGUUAUAGACUUGAACAACUAGAAGCCUGGAUGUACCAUCAACUGAAAUUUGGAAGGCUGUGAAUAGGGCAAGUUUAGGAGGAAAGAUGAGUUAUUUUUGGACAUGUAAAUGUAGAUGUCUCUUUGACAUCCAGGGUGAGCUGUGGAGGCAGCAGUUGCAGUACAGUGUUGAGUUCACAGGAGAGGGUUUAAACUGAAGACAGAAAUGUGGGAUUCAGUGUUUGGACAUUAUCUUCAGAACCUUGGAGGUGGAUGAAAUCACUGGUGGAGUGAGUAUACUCAGGACAUGAAGGCAGCCUCAAGUUUGAGUGCAUUUAGUAAUGGGAAGGGAAUGUAGAGACUCUGGUAAUCAAGUUGUUGGACCUUGUCAGUGAAAGUGUGAGGUGAUACAUACAAAACUUUAUGUUGGGCAGUAAUUACAAAACUCAUACCAAGUAGUUUUAGCCAAAUCAAAUUAUUUGGUCUUUUUCUUAUAAAGAUAAUGCUGCUUGCUGGUAAGGGGGAACAUUAAGACAGUAGAAGGGUAUAAAGUCAAAAGUAAACAUUUGCUCUCCCAGCUCACCUUCAAAGGUUGUCUAAUUAAGUUCCUUGUAUGAUUUACAGAAAUGUUCUAAGCAUGUAAACAUUAUUUAUUUAUUUUUUUUUUAUUUGGACUCCAAUUUUUUUUCCAUUCUGUUUUGUAUUACUUUCCAUGAUCUCUUUGGAAAGAUUAGUUUCCCCUACCCCAAGUGUUGGGGACCAAAUCCAAAGCCCCACUUGUGCUAGGCAAGCACUCCAUCACUGAGCUACACUCCCACCUUGGCCACAUUGUAAUUUUCCAUUAUAUGUAUGUAGUCAUUGGGUCCUAAGACUUCCUUUCUGGGAUAGAAAUCCCUCUCUAAUGGCCCCCUGUAGGAAUGACCUUUGCUGUUCUGUUUGAACAUUCCUGUUACCCAAGUAUCUUAUAAAGCCAAAAAUCAAACUA